AUGGCUUCAAAUCAGACUAACCGUUUUCAGAGCCUAGAAUCAUCAAUAGAAGAGUUCACAGACGGACAGGAAAAUGAAAACACCAAGAAAAAGACAAAAGAAUAUGUUGCUCUGUUACAUGAAUUUCUUGUUUUGAAAAGAGAGACGAGACAAAUGGACGAGUGACUCCUCAAGCGCUGAACAAGUUUCUCAGCGAGUUCUUUAUAACUGUUCGCAAAAAAGAAGAUUAGGAAUACGAGCUUAGUACCCUAAUGGCAUUUCUCGCCAGCUUUAAGCGCCAUUCGAAGAAAAAUAAACUAUGGAUAUGCCUUAUGAAAGACGUCCAGUUUGAGCAAACUCGGAAAGCACUUUAGUCAAAGCAAAGGGAUCUAAAACAGAAAGGCAUGGGCACCAAGCCCAAUGCUUCUGCUGCUUUAAGUGAGGAAGAUAUUCGAGUUCUGUUUGAAAAGGAUCUCUUGGAAAGUUCCACGGCAGAAGCGCUUUUAAACAGGCUGUGGUUCAACGACACAAUCCAUUUCGGGUAACGAGGUUGCAAGGAGACCAGAGAAAUGUGCUGGGGAGACGUAAAACUUUGUCAAAACUUCCACAGGGCAGGAGUACCUCAAAUUCAAUGAAAGAGAAACCAAAACUCGUCCAGGAAACGAUCCACGGAAAGUAAGAGCCAUUGCAAUGAAAAUGUUUGCUGUGCCGAACAACGAGAAAUGUCCAGUCAAGGCCUUCAAAGUCUACGCAGAAAAGCGACUCGUGGAAAUGAAAACCGACGAUGCACCGUUUUAUUUGGCUGUAAGCAAUGCAAAAUCUGGCUUCGGCAAACCUCGGCUCAAAAAAGCUCCAGUCGGUGUAAAUAAGCUUAAUACCUUAAUGAAAACAGUGGCACAGAAAGCCGGACUCGGGCCAAACUUUAAAAACCUCAGCGGCAGAAAUACUAUGAUUCAAACUUUAGUGAACAACGACGUGCCGCCAACUGAUAUUAGAGUGGUUUAGCAAGAGGACGGGAACGUCAUUUCAGAACGGCGCGCGCAGCAGAAGUACCGAUAAGAAACUGGGUCUACAACACCAUCGUGUUGUGUUGAAAAGUGAAUUAGCAGUCGUUGUAACGAACCGUCGACGUUAUAUUUGUUCUUGAAUAUCCUAACCUCGGCUCUUUAAGAUCACUAUCAGCUUUGAAUUUUCGGUUUCAUAGACCACUUGAAGGAUAACUAAGUUAUCCUCUUUGAGAGUGUAACAUGCACAAACAGACCAUAAUUUACUACAAGUGAGUUGUUAACAUGAAUCCACAUGGGCGAUUAUAUUUGAAACUAUUUCAAUCCAGUUAAGUCUCGAGUCUGCAGAUUCAUCUAUCAAACUUUCAAGUCCACUAAAUAUAUUUUUCUAUGAUUUUUAUCGCUGUCAUUUUGUUUCGUGCUUCUAGAUUUCAGCAUUACUCGUUUUCCUUCACAAUUUUGUAAAGUAUAAUUUGGAAUUGAAAUCAUCGCCGUUUUUUCCUUGUUUACUGAUUAUUCUUCUCAAUCAUGACAGGACAUCUCUUUUGAGCACCACCUUCUUAGAGUUGCAAUGAAUUUUGAACGGGGUUAUCAGGAGUUGUGGCGAAAACAUGUAGAGAUCAAGCGACCCAACGAUGGAGUUGUUUACAAUGAGUUCCCGUUUGACCAUGAACGAAUGAAAUGCCCUCAAAUUAGUCACCAACGAAACGGGUAGACUGAGGAAUAAGACUUCGUUACUGUUUUAUUUUGCUUUUGUUUUUGCUUAAUUUCUUUUUUUUAACGAAUAAAGUCGUUCAAGACUGAAUCAAAUGAAUAGAUUUAGAAAGCCGUGCCGAAAUCAAGUUGAUUCGCAUUUUCUUUCGUAACGAUAGAAUGACUCUCUUGUCUUAGUUUUCACGGGCGCUGAUCAAAAACUUAAGACAUAAAAAAGUGCAAACCCGAUCUAUUCUCAAAUUUUUUUAUCGCUGACUUCGAUUCGCAGAAAACUUUUUAAUCACAGUGAAAAAGACAAUGACAACAAAUAACACUGAAUAAUACAGCAGGUAAUCUUCGUGUUGUUUCAUUUUGACAAACUUCAACAUGAAGUAAGUUUAAUUUAUUGAUGAAUUAAUUCACGAUAAAAUUAAGAGCACCCAUUCUUCAAGUUUCCAUGCAUGGUUUAAGAAAUGUAUCAAAGAAAAGCCCUCACGUUGUUUAAAGCCACGCUAAAUUACAAAAGGUAACUGAGCCCUAAAAUCUUCGAUCGCUUACUAACGAUCUUGUUUCCCUUCAGAAAUCCAGAAUAAAUAUAAUGGUAAAUUUUCACAACUUCACCGAAUAAAACAAAGAAAGGGACUUGGUUAUCUUGGAAAUGAGCUCUGAAAUCAUUCCAAACAACAUUAUCUUGCUUCUAAGUGCAAACUUAACGCAAAUCCUAGGCGUUUUGAUCACGACGGGAAAACCAGCAAGAUGACGUCCCGAACUUGAUGGGGAGAACGGCAAUGCUAACACCGAACGUCGAAAUAAAGUCAUGUCCAGAUUAUCCGCGCGCUUUCCCGUUCUGAAAUGACGUUCCCGUCCUCUUCCUAAAUCACUCUAUUAUGCAACUGUCAGGACACAAAAACGUUCAAAGUAUCACUAGCUACUUUACCGUCUCACAGAAACAACAGUUGAACAUGUCUCACACUCUCACUGGACUAAGUUUGGGAGAAAUAACUCCCAAGUCUCCCUCUUCUAUUCCGGAGAAAAGAAAGCACGAGUUUGACGAACUCGCUUAUCCAACAAGCAAGCAAGCAGCACAGCAGCCCCUUAUUCUUUUUUCGGGUGCUGUUAUAAGCGGAGGACAUAUUAGAGUGGCAUUAAACACUUUAAAUCAAUCGCCCACACUUUCAGUACGAGAGCAAAACUCAUAAAAGAAUUAAACUUCUUAAUUCGGAUUCUGACUAGUGUUUGUCAGUGCAUGCGGGUUCUGAUAAGCAACAAAAAAUGAAUUCUCGGGUUUUAAUUUCUGUAUUCCAAAUUUUGAACUUCCGUAAAACUCUUUCCACAUAUUUUCAGGAUGUCUUAUUUUAUUCUAACUAGUUCUACCUUUUAACGGUAUUUUUGCUCGAUAAUUUAAAUGUAAAGUUUUUACAAGGAAGCCAUUUCAGUGCAACUCUCGAGCUGUGAGGCAGUUGUUUUCCUUUGAAAGAAAAUAAAGAUAUGUUUAUCUCUGAGUUCUGUUCGCUUAUGAAUCCCGGUACGCAUAUAUUAAUUAAGUUAUUUCAUGGUAAUUUCACUUGCACGAUUUUUAUUCACUCGUUGUAAAUAAAAAUCGUACACACUCACCAACCAUGAGACAACCUGUAUUUGUACGCCGAUCUUGGCAUCUUACGAGCUCUAAGUCUUUAGCACUGCGGUACAUACCUUGCGGAACGCAACUGUAACGCAAGGAUAAUUAAAAUUAACAUGGUCGAAGGUACUAACGAGCUUUCUUUUUUAGUUCGCAAAGUGAGCAAACUUAAAGAAUCAAACUCCUCUGGACCCUGUGCGUGUAUUCAAUUGCUUUUGGUUUCCAUAGUUAGGUCAUUACACUACAACACGUUUACACACGCAAAGGAACAGGCAAACGCCUCUUAGUCGUUCAUUAUCAAGUUUCAAAAUGCAUUCACAGAGUCAUAGAUUCUCAUACUUUCUAACUGGCGGAAAAGAUUUAGAAUCCCUGGCGGAAGAUUAUUUUUGGCGGCAGACCAGAAGAGGAAGAUGAUCAACUAGACGACUACGGUUCUGACAGCAGCGAUGAAACUAAUCAGGAAAUUGACUCCGAUGAUGAAUUUGACUUUUGAAAUUGAGAUUCAUCUAAGCGAUAGAAAGUGCAGGCAUUUGCGACCAAAACAUGUGGAUGUGCACUUGGAGAUAAAGGAGAUCCAUGCAGCUCUACUAACAAAAUUGAAGUCAUCUUCGAUUGCCGAAACAACCUUGUGGAACUUUCCUCGACUGAACUCGAUCUGGUACUGAAUUUUGGGAAUGAUCCACUAGGCCAUAAACUGUGACCGGGUCAGCAACGCGGGAAGAGCAGAGAAAAUGAGGCAGCGAACAAGGAUGCCUUUCCUUCUUCACAGCCACCGAAUCUGCCUGAAAACGUUUCUUUUCAUGCAUCGUCUCCACAAGACCAGAUUCUACAGUCGCGUUAAACAUAAUCGGGUUAGCGGACUAUCGCUUCGUACUCACGGCAACAAGUCUUGACUUCUACCUAGCUCCGCUUUCAGUGCUGAAACUAUUAAACGGGUGGUAAAGUUCAUCAUGAACGUCGCCAAAGACCAAGCUUUUUUACUUCCAGGACGUGUUCCUGGCCUCAAAAGAACUGAAAAGAAACUGCUGCCAACCUCCAUGACAAAAUCUCGUCUUUGGAGAAGGUGCGUAGAGACUAGCAAGGCGAGCGUUCAGUGCCACAUUAGUACAAGUCCAACGUCUACGGCUGAUGUAUCAGUACAAAACGACCACUACGACGUGACUACCGAGCUCCGACAGCAGAUAUUGAACCUGACAGAAGUAGUUAAGCAGUUCACAGCACUCAAGUGUCUCCAUCAGCAUAAGUCGGAGCCUACUUCUAUGCCGUUAUUCGAUGAUGAUUCGGACUUCUCAACAUUGAAUUCCGAAGCAGUCGCAUCUCUGGUGAGUUUCUAUAGCAGCCCCUGGUCAAGACGUACAAGGAAACAGCCCCAUUCAGUAAAGAACUUACUGAGUCUUAGCGUCCCAUCUGCGUACACUGCGUAAAAUCUACCAAGAAAGCCCGUCGCCCGUGUUUCCUGACAAAAUGGCUCCAACAAGAUCACCUCUGCAGCCUGUUGACCAGGACGUCGUCCAUUAGUGUCACGCAGCCACGGUCCAACGGAUGAGCAGCGAACCAAAGUAACUACAAUUGUAACGAAGGGAACUGAUAUGUAUCCUGCGCCCUUGCUUCUGUUGAUGUUCUCUUUACCGGCGGCGAGAUGGCAAGGUGCAACGGAUCAGGAACUAAAGGUUUCCACCGGUUGGACAGCGGAAAAUUAGGCUUUGUUGUGUCCGUUUCACAAAGAAAGUUUGACUCGCCAUUUUUUAGUGAGCAAUGGAAUCAGAUUACCCCCUCGCAUUAAUACGAAAUGUAGAGGAAAGAGGAGGACUCUUAUUCGCAUACUUAAGAAAACUAAUUUGUUUCGAAAACACAAAGAUGGUACAAUUAGUCUAUCCUUUCCCAAAAAAAUUAUAAGUCGGCUAAUUGAGUUAGCCAUUGUUCAACAAAAUUUGGUUCUAAUUUAUUUCAAAUUUGGCUAAUCUUAGCAUAUAAACUUUACUAAUUAUGGAGAGCCUAAAGAAGGCAUAAAACGCAGACUAGAAAAUCAUUUAUCUGCCCAAAAUAAUGCAUUUACAAACAGGUUAGGUGACGACAGUCAAAGGAAUAAAGUUUCGCAAAUAGACAGUCAGUUAAUAAAAAAAAGUAUAUUAGAUAUUUAUUUUUAUAUAAUAAGCUCAGUUAUGCACGCACUCCGACUGGUUCUCACUUAUGAUCUAUUGGAGGACAGACAUAUAGAUGACGUCAUCAUUAAAACUUUUUUCCGUAUAUUUUAAUUCUUUUUUAUAUAAAACAAAUAGAUUCCAAGUUGCCGUGCGUCUGUUCAGUAAUAGAUCACAGAGGACGUCAAAAUGUGGUAAGAACAUCAGUGACACACUCGGCUGCGCCUUGUGUACCACUUUUUUGUUCUUACCACAUUUUGACGUCAUCUGUAAUCUAUUACUGAAUAGACGCACGGCAACUUGGAAUUUAUUUGUUAAAUCUUGUUCUCUCCUUCGGAUAAAAAAAGAAAAGAAUGGCGUUCUCGUGGUGAGAGGGAAUCGAGCCCCACACCGCCGAUUUAGAGAGCGCAAGCGCUACCACUGCACCACACGGAAUGAUCGCUUACAAAUUUCUUGGUGCCGUUGGAUUAGUUCAAAUGCACUUUAUAGAGCGCGACUGUAAUUUAGGACGUUUCGUGUUCUAUUUUAGAUAUAUUCCCUAAUGGAAUACCAAUUUUCAAGAAAUAGAGUUUCUUUCCCGGAUCUUAUAUUGCCCGUAUCCCCAUAUUCACUUUAUCAGAAAUAUAACCGGCAGUAAUUAAAUUCAAUUUCGGUUACAGGGGCCCGGAUAUCUCUAGAAAAACUUUACAAAUCCGUAGGACUUCGUGAGUCAUUUAUCACCGUAAUAUAUUGAGGUAAAUUUAUGGCAUAACGUAAUAUUGUUUCAUAGAAGCUUGAAGAGAAAUUAAGGGUGCAUGACUUAUUUUUAAAUUCACUUUCUUAGUUGUUACACUUCAAGUGUUUUGACUGGCUCAUUUAAACUGGGCUCUCACUUUUUGACUAGGCUACAGGUGUCACUGGGCUGAUUUUUUUUAGUUGUUUUUUUGUCAUCUCUGCGUGCAAAGAAGAAUAAUCAGAAGAAAACUGAAACGAAGACAUGAACACUGAACUGCAUAGAAGAAUAUUGUUGAUUUGAUAACUAGACUAGUUAGGGAAGAGGAGAAGGGUCUAAGGGGGAAAUUCCCUCUUCGAAUGUUUCCUUUAACACAUUCUCGUAUAAAUUUUUCUUUAACGGUCCAUUAAGCGAACGAAUUUUCCUAAACCAAUGCAUGUUUCAAAUGAAAAUGUGCUAAUGCAGCUUUAUUAGGAUAUAACCCAAAUAUGCGAUAUCAACCAUGCAUUCAAACGUCUGCUUUGAAGGUUGGAUUCUAUGCGUUCCUCUUACACCAAUAUUAAAAAAGACUCCAAACUUACAGCGUCCCCAGCAAGGUAUUUUUACUGAAAAUGCUUGAUGGUAAACUCUUCAACUGGUUGUUGUUCAACUGCCUAUCAAAAAUUAAUGAAUGUAUUUUCAAUUGCAUGGUAUACGACAGCAAAGUUCAGAGAAAAAAAGCUAUUACUUCUGUUCUCAUGCUCUGAUAGAAAGGCCUAAAACAAAUCCACAAUUACUACAAAAUAAUUUUUUAUGGGUUCGCCAUAUUUUUCCUUUUUUUUUUUUUUUAAUUUUUUGUUCCUUCGUCCAAAAGAGAAUAUUUAGAGGAAAAUUGAAACAUAGACCUGAGUACUGAACUACAUGAAAUAUUCUUGACUUGUUAAUGAGGCUAUUCAAGGAAGAGGGAAAGGUUUCAAAGGGCGAAAUUCUACCUCAAAAUAAUUCCGUUAACAAAUUUCCUUACAAAUGUUUCUUUGAUAAUCUAUUUCGCGAAAAAAUUUUCCUGAACUAAUGCAUGUUUCAAAGGUCAUUUCAUAGUCCAAGUGUUAAUGCGGCUGCAGCCAUGCGGCCACUCCAGAUGGGUAUUGCUACUGAAAAUGCCUGAUGGUAAAUUCCUCAGCUGGUUGUUGUUCAACAACCUAUCAAAACUAAAGUUAGUGUAUUUUCAAUUGCAUGGUAUACGACAACAUAGUUCAAGGAAUAAGAGUGCUCGAAAAAGAGUUGUUACCUCUCUUCUCCAAAAAAACAAAAGACAAACAAAGCAAAAAACCAAACCAAGUGAAAGCUUGGCAUUCCUCUGUGCAAACAAGCAAACAAAAACAAACGAACAGGGAAAGGUGUGGGUACCGAUUUGUUUCCGGUUCACGUGACAUUUUCCAAUUAUGAUCUACUCACGAGAGUGUCCAAUUAGUUUAUUUAAUUUAUAAGUAUUCUUUUUUUAACAAAGAUAUCUUUUUUCUUGUAGGAAAGGAAAGACUCAAGUAUUUUUUACGCUCAUAAUUUGUCACUUUAUAAUUUAAGCGUUAUUUAUUUGCUUGAUUUAUCUCGUUUCUUUAAGCCCAUGCUCCAACGAAAUGCCUUGAAUCCACAGCAAGGUAGAAAAGAUUGCUAAUUCUUUUUGUCUAUUCUCAGUAACCGGGCUUUAUAUCAUCCGCAAGCAGGGGAGCUCGUUUCAGCUUCUGACAGUUGUUCAUCAACAAUCAUCUUUGCAGCAAAGCCUCGUUUCAUAAUCCAUAAAUAUUUUUCACGGGUAUGGUCUAAACGUGUCACCUGACCUUACAACCGAGUAGUAUCUUGUGAUAUUAUCAAACUUAUUUUCCCCAAAUCCAAUUGCUCUACGCCGAUGUUUGAAUGUAAUUGUAUUCCAGAAAAGAGCACACCUUGUAACUAAUAGACUGUUCUUACAUAUACUCGUGGGUGCCUCCAAGACAAAAAAAAAAUCGUGCGCAAGCCGUUUUUAAAAAACACGACCACACGCUGCAUAACAAUAAAUCGAUUAAACUGUUAUUUCCUCUUGUAAGUCGAAGGAGGCAAGUACAAUAAAAUGAGCGUUAUUUAAUUGAGUACUAAACAUGGCCUCUGAUAAAAUGUAUUUGCAAAAAGUCAUUACAAAGAAUCAAACGCCGAAGUGUGUCAGUAUUUUUCCCGCAAUCCAACUAAGAGAGGGUGUCAGUAGCUCAAAAUUCGUUUUCACCCCAACUUUCAUAUUUUGUAACCCAAUAUGUCUUAAAAAUUGUGGUGCAACAUUUUUUGUGAAAAUAUAUUUCAGUUUUCGAGAAAAGACUUUUCUCGUUCGAUCGCUAAAAUAUGUAAAUUUUUACCGUAAAUAUUACCCGAGUUGUGUGACCUCGUGUCAUGAAUUAACUUGACCUCCAGUAUUUCUGUCAAAAUAAUCCUUUAUUUUAUCAUCUAAACUUAAUCCCAUGUCAUUGCUGAAGCUGGCAAAGGAAUAUUUAUUUUUUGGUAAAUACUUUUGUACGACAUACUUUUCCCAUGUCGAAAAGUAGCAUAACAAAAUCUACUGAGCUUCUAGCUUUAAAAAGACAAAAGGAUGGUUAUAAAGUCACUGUAAAUAUUUAAUUGUGUAUGUGUGUUGUUCCAUGUUGAGACGAACUCAAAGUCCGGCAAAAUUUACUUGCCAGCGACUAUGAAAUAUACAUGGUGUGCCUACUUGUCGCCACCGUUUACUGUCAUAAAUUACUACAGUAACAUUAUAACCAUCCUAUUGUCUUUUAAAAGCUUGAAGCUCAGUAGAUUCUGCUUUUUCUAAAUAACUCGACGGCUCGAAUGUUACAUUUACUAUUAUUAUUUUUUUCCUGUUUUGCUUUUGUUUUAAAUGGCUUGUUCUGGUAAUAAACUUUAAUUUAUUGAAAAAAUUCGCCGAUGCAAAGUCAUUUACAACGAGAUUCAGAGAAAGUUUUUGUUACAACAUUUUUGUUUUGGGCUACUUUCCUAUUCCCUUUUACAUCAUAUCUUACACUUUUUUGUUCAUAAAACUUUCUUUACAUUUAUGAACGAAAGAAUCCUCUCUAUAAAAACAAAGCAAUUUAUCUGGUUCAAUGUUCUACACAUUUCUAAUUUCCUAAAUAUUCCAGCCACCCCUCAGAAACUUUAAAAAUAUUUUACACCCAAGAGGCUUGGAAAAAGGACACAAUGAAAACAAACCUAAUUUAAGCGCUCGAAAAUGAGGGAUAUCAGCCCGGAGGAAAACCUUUUUCCCCAUUGCCUGGUUUUGUUUCCCAUUACAAGCAUUAUCGGAGUUAUUAUUUGUGACCCUCUACGAUUUCAGGGAAUAAGGUGAACGCACGCACACGGCACGUUAUAACACGCUCCCGCGCCAAUAGCAUGACAGGCUUACCGUGCAGAUGUGCGCAUAAAAACAAUUGACUCUGGAAAGCGUGUUGGUAGCCAUUUAUCAUAUCUAGCCAGCGCGGUAGAGCUUUGAAUCUAUAACUCGCCAGAUUUCUCUUUUUUUUAACCCGCUAAGUUCCUUUGUUUCCUUAACACGUUACCGUAUCUUUUCCAACCCAGCUCAAUUUGUCACUUGUGUUUGUCAAGUAUGUUACUAACAGAAUAUAAGCGAAAAUAAAGAUCUCCUGUCCUAUUAGAAAGUUGUAAUAAAAAAGGAAACACUCACGACAAAUCACUUUCCCUCAGGAUUUUCACGAGGAAUUCAGUGAGCACGACGUGUUUCACAAGGUCCAGAGGAAUUACGAAUGAAUGAAUUACUGUUUUAAAAGUUAAUCCUUACCGCGUAAAAUAUAAAUCCUUAUCGCUUUACGCAGUUAAUAAGCCCUAUCAAUCCUUUAGCAACAGAUUACCGGUUCUAUGUCCCCUUAACGACGCUAUUGCUGUUUGUCACUCUAUGCAAGUCGGCAUUUUUAAAAUAAUUAACCACUAGUUAGCCAGCGCAAAACGAGGCUUUCCGAGCGAAGCCGCGUAUUAUUCAUUAUUAUAUACAUACCGAGAUUUACGCGCCAAAAUUCAUCGAGACAAAAAUAGUUUCUUCGUGCUAGAGACGCCAGCUGAUUGGUCAUACGAUUAUCAUUAUUUUCACUAGUGAAAAAAACCGUGUCGCUUGCUCGCCGCUCCUCUUGACCGUCAAAUUGCACAUUCUAAGAGCUUAGGCGCAUUUUUUUUUAAGAAAGAUGGCUUCGAUAAGACUAACCGUUUUCAGAGCCUAGAUUUAUCAAAAGAAGAGUUCAUAGAUGGACAGAAAAUGAAAACACUAAGAAAAAGACUAAACAGUGUGUUGCUCUGUCCCAUGAAUUUCUUGUUCUGAAAGGCAAGAUGAGGCAAUUGAACGAAUGACCCCUCAAGCGCUGAACAAGUUUAGUUCCUUCUAACGGUUCGCAAAAAAGAAGACAACAAGGAAUACGAGCCUAGUUCCUUAAGAGCAUUCUUCGCUAGAUUUUACCGCCAUUUGAAGAAAAAAAACUACGCACUUUGCCUUAUGAAAGACGAAAAACACCAAAAAAAAAAACACGAUGUUGCUCGGUUCCCUGAAUUUCUUGUUUUGAAAGGCAAGACGAGACGAAUGGACGAAUGACUCCUCAAGCGCUGAACAAGUUUCUCAGCGAGUUCCUUAUAACGGUUCGCAAAAAAGAACACAACGAGGAAUACAAGCCUAAUUCCCUAAGGACUUUCUUCGCCAGUUUUCAGCGCCAUUCGAAGAAAAAAUAA